AUGGCUCCAUUUUUUCGGCUGGACUUUCGGAGGCGAGUGGACGACAAAUUUGGGACUUGGCAGAUGCCCCAGGGAGGAAUUGAUGGCGGUGGCCUGGAGAACCCCAUGAGCGCUGCUGUCAGGGAGCUGAAGGAGGAGACAGGGAUCAGUAGCGCGCGCAUCGUCGCCAUUCUGGACGAGUGGCUGGACUAUGACUUUCCCACAGACAUCAGGUCAGGCAUGACGGGCUCGUGGGUGAGGUAUCGCGGCCAGACACAGAAAUGGUGUCUGAUGUACUUCUACGGAGAUGAGUCAGAGAUUGACUUGGAAAAGUUUGGCGAGAGGGAGUUCUCGGAAUGGAAGUGGAUGCCUUUGGAAGAACUACCUCUUGAGGUGGUGGACUUCAAGAGGCAGGUGUACAAGAAGGUGGCAGAGCGGUUUGGGCCCAUCAUCAAGAGGAGGAGAGGGCAGGAACAGCUGAGUUGGUGGGGUGGCAAAUAA